CUGUUACUGUACAUACAAUUCUUCGAUGCCCAGGAGCCAUCACCUCGUUAUUUCUGUGACUAUGACUAUAACAGUUAUCAAGUGUAAAGUGGGUUAAGUGCUACUUUUGGCUUUUCAUGAUCAUUUUGAAAUCCUUCCGAAGUUGGCUUCUUUCUUUCAGCUUCCCCCUGAAUCCAGAUCUAUAGCUUUGCUGUUACCGCACAUAGGACCUACGAUCAUCCGGCUAUUCAGAAUAAUCGGGAGAAAGAGUAAAGACAGCAAACGUUUCGUAAAACAACGAGUUCCAUGAUUGGUUAAAGUCACGAACGUGCUCCCUGUUUUCCUUAGUUGAAAUACUGCAAAAAGUCAUAUAAAGCUGGUCGCAUCAUAAAUACGUAUACUUCUUCAUCCCGACCCCUCAUGGCUAGCGAGAAAGGUUCCAGUGUCUCCGGUGAGCCUUUGCCUCAGACUUCCUAUGUCCUGGACGAGCGCCGUCGUGCCGCUCUUGCAGAGGUCGACAAUGCCAAGUUCUCCUGGUUCCAUGUCAAGGUCUGCUUUGUAGCUGGGGUGGGCUUCUUCACCGAUGCAUAUGACAUUUUCGCUAUCAACAUUGCUUCCACAAUGUUAGGGUACGUCUAUGAUCCUAAGCACAAGAGCUUAUCAACCAACGCCGGUCUUGGUGUCAAGGUCGCAACUCCCGUUGGUACAUUAGUCGGUCAGCUUCUCUUCGGUUGGUUAGCUGAUGUGAUCGGUCGUAAAAAGAUGUACGGUUUCGAACUCAUGAUCAUCAUUUUCGCCACCUUUGCUCAGGCCCUCUCUGCUAAUGGACCUGCCGUCACCAUCAUUGGCGUUCUUGUCGUUUGGCGUUUCCUGAUGGGCGUCGGUAUCGGUGGCGACUAUCCGCUUAGCGCUGUGAUCUCCUCCGAGUUUGCUAGUACCCGCACUCGUGGACGUCUGAUGACUGCCGUCUUUGCCUUCCAGGGAUGGGGACAGCUUGCUGCAUCCUUAAUUUCCGUGAUCGUGGUUGCUGCUUAUAAGGACAGCAUCAUUGGAGAUGUCUCCCCCAACUUUAAUGCUGUCGACCACUGUUGGCGCAUUCUGAUCGGUAUGGGAUGCGUUCCCGGAGUCAUUGCACUCUACUUCCGUCUCACUAUUCCGGAGACUCCUCGGUUUACCAUGGACAUUGAACGUAACAUUCAACAAGCUACCAAGGACAUCGACACCAUACUUGCCACUGGCGCUAACCAAUCCAAAUCUGUCAGUCACCAGCACUUGGACGCUCCUGUUGCAAGCUGGGCCGAUUUCAGAGCAUAUUUUGGUCAAUGGAAGCAUUUGAAGGUCCUUAUUGGUACUGCUUAUUCUUGGUUCGCACUCGAUAUUGCUUUCUACGGUCUUGGUCUCAAUUCCAGUAUUAUUUUACAAGCUAUCGGCUUUGGCUCCGCUGUUAGCACUGGCUCUCGAGGAGUGUAUGAUAAUUUGAUGAAUGUUUCUGUUGGAAAUGUCAUUCUAUCCAUUGCUGGACUUAUCCCUGGCUACUGGGCUUCGUUCCUCCUCAUCGAUAAGUGGGGUCGAAAGCCUAUUCAGCUCAUGGGAUUCAUUUUACUCACUGUCUUGUUCAUUGUCAUGGGAUUCGGAUACGAUGCUCUGAAAGGAAGCGCCUCCGGAAAGAAGGCAUUCGUUUUCCUUUAUUGCCUUGCAAAUUUCUUCCAAAACUUUGGCCCCAACGUUACUACAUUCGUUAUCCCCGGAGAAGUGUACCCCACACGAUACCGUUCCACUGCCCACGGUAUUUCCGCCGCCAGCGGCAAGCUUGGCGCAAUUGUUGCUCAAGUGGGUUUCGCUCAGCUUGCAAACAUUGGUGGAAGUAAUGCGUUCGUAGGACACAUCCUUGAAAUAUUCGCAUUGUUUAUGCUUACUGGUAUAUUCUCAACGCUACUUCUUCCUGAAUCCAAGGGCAAGUCGCUUGAAGAGCUUUCGGAAGAGUAGCGCACAACAAAUUUCCUAGAAAAGUUCCAUUGUUAACAUUGCAGCCCUCCUCAUGGUACUAGUACAAGUAGUUUACAAGCUUCUAUGCGAACUCGAGCGCUCUAGUGUUCCUUAGUGACCACGAUAUGUCUAAUAUCUUCAAGAAAAUUUGUAUAAUUGUCUAUUCUUUCAUGUCUUUGGUCUUAACAAAGUGAAGAUAAAAUUGUCGCUCAUGGGCAUAGCAAGGGCAUAGCCUGGCUCUUCAUACCGUUAGCCACUGCGUACCAAAUAGGGCGUCUAUAAAUGAGUGCAUUUCUUAGCGCGCG